AUGGAGACAGAGGACGAGAGCUUCUCCGAGGUGCUCGCGAAGCUCAAGCGGCGCGCGCCUGAUGGAGCGACCAACCCGCGCAAACGCAGCCGCCGCCGCCGCGUGCUGCUCUCACCUCCCGACUCCUCAAGCGAGGAGGAGGACAUCCCGUCCCCGAUCGCAGCCAAGCCUCGAGCGCCAAGUGGCACUCCUCCGUGCCAGAGGAUACGAAGUUCUUGGAGUUACCAGUUUCCGGGCACCCAACUCAGAUGGCAUCAAGGCCUGGUUGCGUGCCCAGAAAGUGAGCGCGCAAAGUGCAACAAAGUUUCGGAGGAGUAA